CAUUUUAAAAGAAAAUAAUAAUAUAAUAAAAGGUACAGACUAUGAGAAACGGGCAAAAUCUUUAAAAAUAAAAAACAACUUUAACAGAAGAAUAGGCUUGAAUCUGUAGGUGGCGAUCAUUUGUAAACAGAAAUGAAUUGAUAUUCAAAAACCCCAAAACCCCGAAAGAUUCAACAAAGAAAUCGUCUUUUUCUCCAUCUUCUGCUUUGUUAAUUUGAUUUAUAUCUAUAAUCUUCCGCUCUACCCAGGGGAUUUCUGGCUGUGAGCAUCAUUUUCUGAAGAGUUCCAUUGACCAUGGUUGUCAAAGAGGCUUUUCUUUAACAUUACGGUUCUGGGGAUCAUUAAUGUGAGAGGUCACUUUGCUUUCAAAUAAUAAAGCUGUGGUGAUAAAGGUGUGAUGGAGAUUUCAUUGUUGAAAGCUCUUCUCAGUAAUAUCUCCUCCUUUUUACAUUUAUCAUCCAUUGACAACAUAUGUUCAGACCUGGUUCAGAAGUGUUACCAGAAGGCAGAAGAGAUAUUGAAGCUAUUGAAACCAAUACUUGAUGCCAUCGUUGAUUCUGAAAUAGCUUCUGAUGAAGUGCUUACCAAGGCUUUUGAUGAAUUGGGCCAAUCUGUUGAUGAAUUGAGGGAGCUCUUUGAAAACUGGCAACCAUUGUCAAGUAAAGUCUUUUUUGUUCUGCAAAUCGAAUCAUUGAUAUCAAAGAUUCGGACUUUGGGCCUGGAUAUUUUUCAGCUGUUGAAGUCUUCCCAUGAACAUCUCCCUGAUGAAUUAAGUACAUCAUCCCUUGAGUACUGUGCACAGAAAAUGAAGCAAAUGGGAUAUGAACAAACAUCAUCUGUUGUUAGAGAAGCGAUAAGGGACCAAGUGGAGGAUGUUGGACCCAGCUCAGAUAUCCUGGUCAAAAUUGCAGAGAUCCUAAGCUUGAGGUCUAAUCAGGAGAUUCUGAUUGAAGCAGUGGCCCUUGAGAAGUUGAAGGAGAAUGCUGAACAAGCUGAAAAACCCAGGGAAGCUGAGUUAUUUGAUCAGAUGAUUUCUCUUGUGACCCGCAUGCAUGAUCGCCUUAUCCUCAUAAAGCAGUCCCAGACCUGUAGCCAUGUCCCAAUACCUGCAGACUUCUGCUGUCCUCUCUCACUUGAGUUGAUGACAGAUCCAGUAAUUGUGGGCUCAGGGCAAACCUACGAGCGCGCCUUUAUUAAAAACUGGAUUGAACUUGGACUAACUGUGUGUCCCAAGACACGACAGACUCUUGCUCACACCAAUCUGAUACCUAAUUAUACAGUAAAGGCACUAAUAGCAAACUGGUGCGAGUCAAACAAUGUGAAGCUGCCUGAUCCGGUGAAGUCUGUAAGCUUCAAUCAGCCCUCAGCACUUCUCAUACAUGCUGAAUCCGGUACUCCCAGGGGCUCACAUGGUUUUUAUUCUAGGGGCAACCAACCGAUGUCACCUGAGUCCACUCGGUCUACAGAUUCUCCUGAUAGGAACUGGAUCUCUUCCAGUGUCCAUCGAGAGUCAACUUCUCCAUGUCAUCCCCGUUCUACCUCUGACAGUUCCUUAUCAGGUAUAGUAGGAAAUGAACAGGGUUUGGACAUGGCAAGAAUAUCACUAGCAAGUUCUGAGGAAAGGUCUGUUAACUUGGAAGGAAGGAAUAGAGAUUCAGGUGUUCGCCACUCUGUAUCACCAUCUAGAAAUGAAGUUUCAAAUGCUGUUAGAGUUGGUGAACCAAUAGCUCAGAGCCACAGUAGAAAUGCUUCAGCCUCCAGCAUAAAUGCUAGUUUUUCUCAAGGAGCACAAGUUGAUACUAAUGAUUCUUCAGAGGUGUUAAAUCAUCUUACUUCUUAUAGCAGUGAUAACUCUGGUGAGGUAAAAGCAGAGACACAGGCGUCUACUGCCUUGAACAGCCCUCGCCCUCACAGAGAACCUGAAUUCGCACCCCGUUUUAUUGAGACACGGUCUCGGAGUCAAACCAUCUGGCGCCGACCUUCGGAUAGGCUUAUUCCGAGGAUAGUGUCUUCUCCAGCUAUUGAAACGAGAGCUGAUCUUUCUGGUGUUGAAACCCAAGUACGGAAUCUAGUUGAGGACCUGAAGAGUGAUUCCAUUGACGUUCAAAGAGCAGCAACUGCAGAACUCAGGCUGCUGGCCAAACAUAACAUGGACAAUAGGAUCGUUAUAGCAAACUGUGGGGCCAUUAAUAUAUUAGUCAAUUUACUUCGAUCAGCUGAUGCAAAGAUUCAGGAAAAUGCUGUCACAGCACUUCUUAACUUGUCAAUUAACGACAACAACAAAACAGCAAUUGCUAAUGCAGAUGCUAUUGGACCUCUUAUUCAUGUCCUAGAAACAGGAAGUCCUGAGGCUAAGGAGAAUUCAGCUGCCACUCUUUUUAGCCUCUCAGUGAUUGAGGAUAACAAGGUCAGGAUAGGACGGUCUGGAGCAGUUGGACCUCUGGUUGAUUUACUGGGGAAUGGAACUCCAAGGGGAAAGAAGGAUGCAGCCACAGCUUUGUUCAAUUUGUCAAUAUUUCAUGAAAACAAGGCCCGGAUUGUGCAAGCUGGGGCAGUUAAGCACCUAGUGGAAUUGAUGGACCCAGCAGCUGGAAUGGUUGACAAGGCAGUUGCUGUUUUGGCUAAUCUUGCAACAAUUCCAGAGGGAAGGACUGCAAUUGGUCAGGAGGGCGGGAUCCCUGUCCUGGUUGAGGUUGUUGAGUUGGGUUCUGCUAGAGGGAAGGAAAAUGCAGCUGCUGCCCUUUUGCAGCUUUGCACGAACAGCAAUAGAUUUUGCAACACAGUGCUACAGGAAGGUGCUGUGCCACCAUUAGUGGCAUUAUCGCAGUCUGGCACCCCAAGGGCUAAAGAAAAGGCUCAGGCACUACUUAGCUUCUUCAGAAACCAACGGCAUGGUAAUGCUAGGGGCUGAUUUGUGGAUAGACCAGCCUGCCAGUGCCAUCUGAGGUUCUGAUUCAAGUUGUAUACAUAGUGCGUGUACAUUUGUUAUUGCAAAUAAUGCAUCAUAUUUAAGGUUUUGCUGCAUGGAUUUUACUUUAUUUGUAGAGGAAAAUUGAUUUGUAGAGGACAUGAUUGAUUGAGUUACCUUGUGAAAAAAACUUAUACAUGUGAACCUUGGAAGAAAAUAUAUCCUUUUAAGUUCAGUCUUGAA